GAUGCGGAUUCAGAUUUACCUAUUGGAAUUUGUUCAAUUAAAAAAGAGGCUGGUUUUUGUAGCACCGAGGCAGGAACAAGAUCUGAUUUAUUUCAGGAGUAUGCAGAACAGAUUCUGGAAAGAGAUAUGGUCCCCAUGGCAACAGGCAUUAAUGACAUCGAUAAAAGUUUAGCUGUUGGGAUUGUCAUGUUGAACGCUGGUUUGUCAGACGAGGCAAUUCAUGAAUUCACAGCUGUACUUAAGAAGCGACCAAAGACUGCAGCUGCAUUUUAUGCCAGAGGAGUUGCAUAUGCAAGAAAAGGUCUUCAGGUGUCCAGUAAUGCGGACAACGCAAUCCGUGAUCUUAGUAAAGCGGUAGAACUUGACAAAACCAGUCAUGAAGCACUGGAGAGAAGAUCUGAGGUGUAUAUUGCACAGAAUCGUUACGAGGAGGCUCUGGAGGAUCUCUCCAUAGCCAUGGAACUUCACCCUAGCCAGAAACUAUUCUUCCUCAGGGGAACUCUCAAUCUCAUCUCAGAGAACUUUGCUGAAGCUGAAGGAGAUUUUAAAAAGAACCUGGAGAAAGAUGGACCAUGGUAUAUUCUGUCUUAUUACCAUUUAGGCUUAGCUCUGUAUUACAGAGGUAAGGUGCGGAAUGCCAUUGAGGUUUUUAAAGAAAUUCUGAAGCUGAAACCAGAUCACAUUGAGGCAUGCACAAGUUUAGCACAAGCCUUCAGGGAGCUGGGGAACCUGCGUGCGGCUCAAAGUCGAUUUAACCAGUCGCUCAGCAUGAAUCCCAAUCACCUUCUCUCGCUACAGCUCCAGGGUACCAUGCACUAUCAUAGCGGGAACCUCCUAACUGCUAUGCAAGAUUUUAAAAAAUGUUUAUUAGUUGAUGCAAACAGCCAGGCCUGCUUGUACAUGAUGGGACUGUCACAGGUAGCUGUGGGAAGGUUUUAUGAUGGAAUUAAAUCUACAACAAAAGUAAUGGUUUCCAGAUCAGAUUUCAAACUUUCUCCUGAAUUUUUAAAAGCUCAUUAUCUGCGAGAACACUCUCGUUACCUGCAUGCCCACCUGGAUUCUCCGUUGGCCUCACUACAACCUGACAGAGACUACACACCACAGUUCAAAGACAACUGGGUCAGAAUGCUGCCAUUCACGUUCAAGGGCACAUAUAAAGAGCAGCCAGGAUUACAGCCAGAUAUACGUGAUGUGGUGAAGCUGGGACUGAGUGAGUUUCCCAAGGAUCUGCAAACCCUGAUCUGUAAGGCUCAUCGUGUGGGGUUAUUAGGUCAGGUCAGUGUGGAUGGCUUCACCACCAACCGCAGACUCAACUUAGCCAUGGGGCUGGCCUCCAUACACAUAGCUCAGCUCGUAGAGCAAAGAUGGAAAAGUUAUAAACAGAACAAAAAUGAUAAGUAUGUAGGCUGGCGAGAUUUAUUCGAGAUUGCUGUUGAGUAUCGCAGACUGGUUGACCCGGAGCAGCCUGUUUUCUGGUUGGACAGAAUGGGUGAUACAGAUAAUAAGGAUUUCAGGGGAGAGAUCAGUUUUGUCAGAGGUUCCAUGAUGAAUCUCAAGGUGAUGCAAUACUUUGAUCUGGUUUUUAAACUGGCCAAAACCAUGUUGGAACAUUAUACAGGUGAUGGAGUCAUAUUUUACCCAGGAUUAAAAGAGGAUAUUGAUAAUGCCAAAACCUGUGAAGAUCUGCUGGCCAUAGCCAGAAAAAGAAAAAUUAACCCUAAUGGAUUUUUAGUGUCCACCCAAGUUCCUAGUUUAAAAGAGAAGAGUAAUACUCGACUAGAUGGAGUGGUUUUAACUCUGACAGAAGAUUUAAAUAACAAGAUUGUGCUUUCCAUAAACGUGGCAAGUUCAAAAAGCAGGACAAGCUCAUACCAUGCUGAAAUGGAGCAUUUGUUCUUACAGCUCAAAGAGGAGAUCAAGAAAAGUGGGGUGAACAAAAUAUCAGAUAUGGAGUCCAUGGUGAACACUGUUUUGUCUAUGGUGUACUACUUCUACAAUCUGAUGCCUUUAUCACGGGGUUCAAGUGUGGUGGCGUAUUCUGUGGCCUUGGGCCUCAUUAUGUCCCUCGGUAGGGAAGUGACAGGGAAAAUACCCACAGGCAAGCUGGUUGAUCUGGAGGCCAUGUUGUCAGGAGCACCAGAUGCGUUUAUCCUCGUCACAAAACAGUGGAUGAAUAUAAAAAAGAAUGGCACGACGUUAAGCACAUUGCCAAAAGUGUGGGAGGCAUUUCCCACUGUGAGAACUGUCAUCGAGGCCUUAAAUCUCAGCAUGGAAUCCUGCUGACAAAGCAAAAAUAUACAGUUUUAUUAUGAUACUCCUAGAGCAAUAACCAUACAGUUGUCAUAUUUGUUAGUUCACAUUAUAGGGGACCAGAGAGAAGUAGAUAAACAGUCAGAUCUGAGGCUUGUUUUACUCUUCCCAGAUUGGGUUCUAAAGUUACACAUCUAUACCCUAAUAUUCACUACCUGGAAAUUCUGUCCUGUUGCCCGAGCUUUGCUCAAGGUGUGAAAGCCAUGCGCCACAAAAACAGAUUUCCCGUGAUCUUGAAGUAAUUCCGAAUUCGUAUCACAUCAUUACCUGUUAAUAAUAAUGACCAUACCUAGUCUAGCACAAUUAACACAAAUGUAACCAAUACAUUCCCUGAGACAGGGUCUGGACAUUACCAGCUUGUAUCAGUUGACUUCCUUUAAAACACUGAGGAUUGUCCAGGAAUGGUACAACCUGUGGAUUACACACUAGACCUAGCCUACACCAUUAAUAGCAUGAUAGACAAAAUGUUUGAGAGUCUCAAUGUUAAUUAUUGUUUUACAAAUAAACAGAAGCUACUAGUAACAAA